AUGGCUUCUUUUGCUACAAAAACUGUGAUUAUUACCGGCUCCAGCGCCGGAAUUGGGCGUGAAGCCGCUUUAUUGUUCGCUAUACGAGGCGCUAAUGUUGUUAUUCAUGGGCAAAGCGAGAACAAGUUGAAAGUAAGCCUAUAUUUUUUGUUUCUACUUUCUUUCAGGACGUUGUAGCGGCCCUCGAAGCCGCUGGCGUCAAGGCCGAGCGUUAUCUAGUCGUUCAAGGGCCGAUUCAAGAUGAGAAGACGCGAGAUGCUCUAAUUAAUGAGACUAUCAAAAAGUUUGGGCAAAUUGAUGUGCUCGUCAAUAACGCCGGCAUUCGAAACGAUCCCAAAGAUGAGGACUGGAACAGUCUUCACAAUAUGGAUUAUCUCUAUAAUGUCAAUUUUCGAAGGUAUGAAACUAACAGCCCCUAAACUAAAAGCUUCUUUUAGCAUGUACGACCUGAACGAAAAGGCGUAUCCCCAUUUGGUGAAGACCAAAGGAAACAUAAUCAAUAUAUCUUCGGUUGGAGCUAAACUAAUUGCCCCAAGACUCGUGCCCUAUUGCAUUACAAAAGCCGCAAUGGACGCAUACACCGCCGGCUUCGCCGUCAGAUGGGGACCUGAGGUUAGAGUGAAUAGUGUGAAGUGAGUAUCACAAUACCAUAUAUACAGUGGCGGAGCUGAUCCAGUGGCAAGAAAAGUAUCAUUUUACAUCCGGGAAGUAUCAAGAAAUGUGGCAAAAUGCCUCUCUCUCCAACUGAAAAAACUCCUUUUUGAAGGGUUCCUUACAAACAGAGCGGGCGCGCUUUUGAAAUCGGAGUUUUUUCACUUGGAGAGGGGCAUUUUGCCACAUUUUUGAUACUUCCCGGAUGCAAAAUGAUACGCCUUUUGCCAAUGGAUCAGGUCCGCCAGUGUACCUGUCUGUUCGUAAAGUCGCUGGGGAUCUUCGCACAGUGCACGUCGCCGAAAUCACCCCAGCGACUUUGCGAACGAACUAUGUAGUACAAAAUGUGAGGUGAUUUCUAAAUUUUGCUUUUCAAUCCAGUCAAAAGCGGCAAAUUCAGCCCAAAGUUAACGUUUCACUAAAUUUCGACGGAUCUUGUCCAUGAAAUGAACUGAACUCGCUACUUUUUUCACAAGGAAAGUACUUCUAUGGGGUGUGGAGUUACAGGUCGAGAUAUAUAUCAAAAAAUUCGCAAAAAUUUUCUGAUUCAGAAUAUAUCAAAAUUAGCUGCCUAAUUUUGGUCUGAUGACAUGUUUUUGACCUCAGAAGUUUUCUCGCGACACACAACGAUCAGAAAAAUUUUUUACUUUAAAUGGGGAAUCUGAUCAGGGAGUUUUGUUAAGACUUAAUCAAAGAUCAAAAAUGCCAAAUCUUAUCAAAAUCGGUCUACGGCAAAAAAAGAAGUAGCGAUAUUACAAUUGAAGGUCAAGACCUACAAAUAUACCGUUGUGCGUUCUAGCAACUUUGCUGAUCACUUAUUUGUACCAAUUUGGUCAUAAAAUAGCUUUUUCUACGAUUACACAUAUCUGAAAUUCCAAUUUGGCGUUUCGGACUGAUAUUGACCAUGUUAUACAUGACAAAAUUAAAGUAAAAUUUUUUACGGAUUUGACCCAAUUACAGGGUCUUACAAAAAACGUGAAGGAAAGUGGAAGGCUAUAACUUCCGGCGGAGGCGGCGCAGAGACUUCGUAUUUGGAAUGUGUAUUUUUAAAAGACAUAAGUUUUCGCCUACGAAAUAACAAGCUUUUAAAGCGCAAACUGAGGUCGCUGCGACCUUCUGAAAUAGAGGCAUCUUUACCCCGAAAACCAGGUUUUUUCGGUUGAAAAUGAUCGUGAAAUUUCGGACUUUUUCGGUUGAAAAUCACCAGGAAAUGUCGGAUUUUUUGGGGGGUUUUGAUAUGGGUGAUGUUGAAAAAGAAGAGGAAAGUGCCAACACGUGCAAUUUUUUGACGUUUUCUUAAAGGCUAUAUCAAGAAACCUCCAAAAAAUCCGACAUUUCCUGGUGAUUUUCAACCGACAAAGUCCGAAAUUUCUCGAUCAUUUUCAACCGAAAAAACCUGGUUUUCGGGGUACAGAUGCCUCUACUUCAGAAGGUCGUAGUGACCUCAGUUUGCACUAUAAAAGCUUGUUACUUCAUAGACAAAAACUUAUGCCUUUUAAAAAUACACAUUUCAAAUACGAAGUCUCUGCGCCGCCUCCACCGGAAGUUACAGCCUUCCACUUUCCUUCACGUUUUUUUUGUAAGACCCUGUAUUCUAUAAAAUAGGUAAACAAGAGCCCCAGUUGACGAAACUCUCCCUCUUCCCUUCUCUAAAGACCCCAAACCUCAUUCUUGACAAGUCCAGAUCUGCGCAUCUUCUCCUCCAAGAAUUCCGCGAUCGAGGUUAGUAAAAUCUCUCUAUUUGCUCCCGUUUCAUAACUAAUAUGGUUUUAAAACUGCCCACAUGUUCCAUUACCUUGGAGUCCUGCUGAGGCGCUUCCUCGGCAGGAUAUUGAUCUUGAUCAUGGAUAACAUAAUUUUUCCAUCUAAAAGUACUUUACUACUUUUUGGGUUGCCAAUACGAGCUUAUUCUGGCGUUACCUUCGAGGUUUGAUGGGCCUGGGCAUUUUAAACACAAAAAAAAAUAAAAAAUAAUGAAUUGAAUUUUGAAGUAUUUUUGCUACUGCUGCAAAAAUUGUAGACCGAUUUUGCUGAAACUUAGCCCACACGAAGAGAAAGACAUGUUGAACAAUCCUCCCUGAUCAGAUUUGUCAAAAAAAGUACUUUACACUCUAGAAGAGCCAAAACUUUUGCAAAAACGGGCAUAUUUUCGGCCAGUUUUACCAUAAAACCAUAAGUUUGUUAUCUAAAAAAAUCGAACUAUAAUAAACUGAAACGGAUUACCUUUCAUAUGAUAUAAUAAACUUAAUAAAAUUAUGGCCCUUCGAUGGCGUAUGAGCCUGAUUUAUCCGACCUGUCUUUAAAAAAUUGAGAAAAUUAAUGCCAAAAUUCUUGGCAUUCUGUUUCUGUUCGUUGUGCGACACCAUGCAAGUGUCUUUUUGACCGUGUUUUUACCAAUAAAAAAAUUUUGUUUUGUGCUAAAAUAAAUUUUAAGGCCUUGACAAGCCUUAAAAUAUCAAAUUAGAUUACAACUACACCUUAGAAGUAGUUCCAAUGUAAAAAAUGGGUUCUAGUGUGCCAAAACGAAUCGAACCCGUUCCCUUCGGAUUCCCAAUCUAGCGCUCUAACCACUCGGCCACACCGCUCUCUUCCGAAGGAGGAGACCGAGCGCGCUUUUGUCGCCGCAGAUUUUUUUCCUCGAGAAAAACAUUUAUUGAUAAAACUCGCUGAUAGACCAAAAUUAGGCAGCUAAUUUUUAUAUAUUCUGAAUCAGAAAAUUUUUGCGAAUUUUUUGAUAUAUAUCUCGACCUGUAACCCCACACCCCAUAGAAGUACUUUCCUUGUCAGUAAAAUGAUGUUUUAUUUCAACAAGAUCCUCCAACAUUUACAAGGGAAGUACCCCAAUUUCGACGCUCAGAUUUUGAUGAAACUUGGCACAAGUUUAGAUAACUUCGCACGAAACUAGCAAAGUUAUGAUCAAAAAGUGUUUUUCCCUCUGACCGCUCUCCGCCGUUAGAAUGCUCUCUCGGCGGCAACGAUCGUUGAAUAUAUCGGCGGCGCUUGCAAAGCGCGAGCUAAAACUAUCAGGAAUUGAUACUUAGUCCAUGCCAGACGUGUGUGCAAAAUUUUACAAAAAUCUGAGCGUCGCACUCGGGGUACCUCCCUUGUUAGUCCAAAGUUAACCUUGGACUGAAUUUGACGCUUUUGAUUGGAUUGAAAAGCAAAAUUUAUAAACUACCUCCCAUUUACAAACCUUCUAUGUCACGUAUAAUAUAAUUUUUCCUUUUUAAUUUUAGUCCCGGACCCAUUAUUACCGACUUCACCAUUCGUCAUCAAAAUGGUGAGGCCUUGUUGGAAGUGGGUAAGGAAAAGUAUUCGAAGCUUCCGGCUCGUCGAAUGGGCACACCUCAAGAAGUGGCGAAUACAAUUCUCUUCAUCGCCAGCGAUGACGCAAGCUAUAUGACCGGUUCAACGAUUGUUGUGGAUGGUGGUUAUUUGCCCGGACUGGCUUUUGCCCAGUAG